AUGUCUCAUCGGAAAAUAGAUGUCGACGUGUAUGAUGAGGACGAGUUCGCAGAUGAAGACCAGCAGAUACAAUCAUCACUGCCCUCUCUAGCCGAAGUGAAUAAUCUCGUAAACUCAAGGGGCGAUGCUGUCAGGAAUUUAUUGUCAAGAGGAGAUAUCAGUGGAGCUGUAACUAGAGCAUUAGAAGAUCCACCAGAAGGAAAGGACAUCCAAGCUGCAAAGGAUCAAAAUGCAAAAACAGUCAUGGACGCAUUACUCGCUGCAAAGGCAUCCGACAUUCCAAACAUUGUGGCAAAACUAAACUCUCAACAAUUGGAUAUAUUGAUGAAGUACAUAUAUCGAGGAAUGGCUAAUCCGGAACUGUACAAUGCUGCUGUCUUACUGACAUGGCAUGAAAAGGCAUUCGAAGUUGGUGGUUUGGGAUCUAUUGUACGUGUCUUGACAGAUAGGAAGACAGCUUGA